AUGACCAUCACGUUUCUGGACGUGACCUACGAUGGCCAGCGCAUCGGCCGCAUCAAGUUCAAGCUGUACUCGGAAGAUCUGCCCAAAACAUGCGAGAACUUUCGCCAGUUUUGCACCGGAGAAUACAGAAUCGACAAUGUUCCCCAAGGAUACAAGGAGAGCACAUUCCACCGAGUGGUCAAGGGAUUCAUGAUCCAGGGAGGCGACUUUGUGCGUGGCAACGGACUCGGAACAGUGUCCAUCUUUGGAAGUGCCAGCUUCCCCGACGAACGAACCAUCUCUGGCAAAACAUUCCCGCAUAUUGAAGGCGCUCUAUCGAUGGCAAAUUCAGGCAAAGAUACCAACGGUUGCCAGUUUUUCAUCACAACGCGCAAAUGUCCCGAACUGGACGGCUCGCACGUGGUGUUUGGACAUGUGAUUGAGGGCAUGGACGUGGUCAAGUUUGUGGAGAACGUGCCUGUAGUGGAAGAGAAGCCCAAGCGAGACGUUGUCGUUAGUGAGUGUGGAGAGUACUAG